AGUGCUGAUGAACGGAAGCGUGACGUUGUGAGUUGUAUUGAUACUUAUAAUCAACAGUAACUUGCUCCGAUCGCGAAGCAACAAGCUGGACAGAAUGUAACUCGGUACUUUCUUGUAAACGAUUUCUGGGAAAUUUCUGGAAUGGCAACGCUACGUCCAGGGAGCUUCAUGGACUUCAGUCCAAUAAGGAAUGACGACCCAGAGAAGGAAACUGAAGUUCCUGUUUUAAGUCUGGUCCUAUUUUCCAAGGCUCCUUUUGUAUCAUUUGGUACAGUUAAGGUCGGAACUUCAAAGUCUGCUGUUCUUCGCAUUGAAAAUCCAACAGAAGAUGCAGAAGUCGAGGUCAUUGUUGACAGGAUUCCAUCGAGCAAAGGCUUCACUGCGAACCGAAACGCAUUCACAAUUAAGCCCCUUUGCUCAUUUAGCAUGACAAUAACCUGGACUCCAACAGAAGAAGGUGGAAUAAGAGAACUUAUCAUCUUCAAUGCCAACAAUGUUCUCAAGCACCGGGCAGUUUUGCUUGGGAGAGCAGAAGCAUCACAAAAGAAAAAGAAGAGCUUAUGGGAUACAAUCAAAAAGAAAAGGGCGACUGGAAAAGCAUCUCCUUACCGGGCAAAGAGGAUUGAGUUGUCUGCUGAUAAAAUUGUUAAAGUGUCCAGAAAGCCACAGUAUAAUCGGGAUAAACUCCGCAGUCCGCUUUCUUCACUUAACGAAGGAAAACCUGUCAGAGAGAAGUUUAUCCACAAGCACAGGCACCUUGAUGAUUACCAUCAGAAGUCAGAGCAGCCAAAGGAUUUAAAUCCCAUCCAAAAGCAAUGGUCUCUGGCAGACCAGGAGAACGUAAGCCAUGUUCAGAGACACCCUUCUCACGUAUUAGCCGCAAAGACGACAGACGCAUGUCAAAACAAAGCAAUUUCCAAAAUCCUUAAUGCAACUUUAUCCCCUAUUGGGACACCAGAGAGGCUCAAAGAGAUCAUGCCUCGCAUUCAGUCAGUGACAAGUCCUGUGAACACACGCCCGGCACUCUCUAUGACUGAUGCACUGGCCCUCAUUGGCUCAGAUCUCAGUUCUAACAACAGCAGCCCACAAGACAACAGUUCUAGUUACGGCUUUUCUGAUUCUUUGGAAUCGAAAAGUGAUGAUCAUGAAUGUGGCCCCAACAAAAAUGUCUUCAACAUGCAAUCUGACGGUCUUGAAGUGUCCGACUCCAAAGAGCCCAGAUUGACUUGCAGCAAAAAGGCUGUUAUGCCUGAGACUGAAAAGCCUGUAGAAAUACCUAAAAGGUUGGCUUUUAAUAGUGAAACUGUGAUUAAAAAGAAGGGACCGGUGUGUGGGAGGAAAAUAAAGUCAUUAAAGUCAAGGCGGUGUCUGUUGGAGAAAACGCUUGAGAUGACAGAAAGCAGCAGCCAGGCUGAGUCUGGACCAGGUGCCCCACACCUACCUGUAAUAGAACCAGAGACGAGCACAGAAGGAUCUGAGGAAGCUGGAUUCCCAUUUGUCAAUACAAGAGCAGCCCCGGAAUUAAAUACUGCUGGCCCGACUCAAACACUUGAUGGCUCAUCAUCAUCCAUCGCUUUACCGACCAGCUCACCUAAACCCACAGCUCAUCAGGGCUUCGAUAUCACUUCCCCGCUUCCUAAUAUGACCCCCACAAUCACCUCCCCAUCACCCUUGAGCCAGUUUUCCCCUAUUCACUGCAGCAGCAAACCCAACAAUCACCUUCCUGAAUCAUCUCCAACAGCUAUUCCCCCUCAGCUCACCCCGGCCAAUCUGUCCGGUGAUUUGGACUUAUUUCCCAUUCAUUUGACAAAAACAAGCAGAAAGAGGAAAAGUGAAGAGUAUUUGAAAAGUGUCCCGAAGAUUGACGAUGGUGGGAAAACUGAGCCCGUCAAAAGGACCAGGAUGGUGGUUUGGAAAAACGAGCCCACCAAGCCGACACGCGAGAGGAGUACGUCACAGAGGCAGUGGGCCAAAUCAACAGGUUCUGUGCACUCAACAAAGACAUCAUCUCUAAAGACCACAAAGUCAUCAGGCGCUACUCAGGCUAAGCCAACAAACGCCAAGCUCUCAUCGCAAGGCGCCGCCUCUAUGAGGUCAUCCAGAGCACAGAGUGUGAAGUGCGUAAAGCCUGCAAGAGUUGCUGCUGUAGCACAGUCAAUGCUGACCUUCAUCAAACCAGCUCAGACAGCCAUACCCAGGCAUCCACUUCCUUUUGCCGCCAAGAACAUGUUCUAUGACGAGAGAUGGAUUGAGAAGCAAGAGAGGGGUUUCACCUGGUGGCUCAACUACGUCUUGACUCCAGAUGAUUUUAAAGUCAACACUGAAAUGACCAAAGUGAGCGCUGCAUCCCUUAUCAUGGGCUGCAGUGACAAGCUCAGCGUUGCCAAAGCUCCCACCAAAGAGGAGAUGUCUUUCAGCACAUAUACAGCUCGUCGAAAGCUAAACCGCCUCCGUAGAUCUGCCUGCCAGCUCUUCACCUCGGAGAGCAUGGUCAAGGCUAUCAAGAGGUUGGAGAUUGAGGUGGAGGCAAAGAGACUACUCAUCCGCAAAGACCGCCAUCUUUGGAAGGAUAUAGGUGAACGUCAGAAAGUGCUCAAUUGGCUUCUUGCCUACAAUCCGUUAUGGUUACGGAUUGGCCUUGAGACAAUCUUUGGGGAGCUCAUCUCGCUGGAGAGCAACAGUGAUACAAUGGGUAUGGCUAUGUUUAUACUCCAGCGACUUCUAUGGAACCCAGACAUCGCAGCCGAAUUUAGACACCCCAAAGUGCCUCAUCUGUACAAAGACGGCCACGAGGAGGCACUGUCUCGCUUCACACUUAAGAAGCUGCUCCUGCUGGUGUGUUUCUUGGACAAGGCCAAAGAGUCUCGCCUGAUCGAGCAUGACCCAUGUCUGUUCUGCAUGGAUGCAGAGUUCAAGACAAGCAAAGACCUGCUACUUGCUUUCUCGAGAGACUUUCUAAGCGGGGAGGGUAUCCUCCCCCGCCAUCUUGGCUACCUGGGGCUACCUGUCUCCCACGUUCAAGCUCCCCUCGACGAGUUCAACUUUGCUGUCAGAAAUUUGGCAGUUGACUUAAAAUGCGGAGUUCGACUUGUGAGAGUCAUGGAGCUUCUUAUAAAGCAGUGGGGCUUGUCAGCAAAGCUUCGACUGCCAGCCAUCAGCCGCCUGCAAAAAGUCCACAAUGUAGAUAUCACCUUGCAAGUCCUCAAAAGCGGAGGAGUUGACCUCAAGGAUGAACAAGGUCAUGCGAUCGAAUCCAGAGACAUUGUGGAUGGACACCGAGAGAGGACAUUGAGCCUCCUGUGGAAAAUAAUUUUUUCACAUCAGGUGGAGGUGAUACUGGAUGAGGAUCAGUUGAGGGAGGAGAUUGGCUUCCUGAGGAGAACCCUGAGGAUAAAACGGAGGUUGGCUUCAUUGAGGGCUGAUCAGGGCCUUGAUCGUGCACGACAGACCAAGAUGCUGUACGAACACAGCAGCACUAAGGUGACCCUGCUGAUGGAGUGGAUCCGAGCUGUGUGUGAUUUCUACAAUCUGAAGGUGGAGAACUUCACUGUGACCUUCUCAGACGGCCGUGUCCUCUGCUACCUCAUCCACCACUACCACCCCAGUCUCAUCUCAGAGGAUUGUGUGCAUAACAACACCACACAGACUGUGGAAUGCUCACUGCGGGGUCGCAUGGAGCUCGACUGCUCAGCCGUAGACUCGGAUGACUCUUUUGACUGCUCCUCAACAGAGCGAAACGGACUUGAGUCUCCAUCCUUGGUGUUUAAAGAGCUACUGGAAAAUGAGAAAAGCAAUUUCAGGCUGGUUAAUGCAGCAGUGGCUUCCCUGGGUGGUGUACCCGCCAUGAUCAAUCCAGCGGACAUGUCCAACACCAUCCCCAACGAGAAGGUGGUAAUGUCUUACCUGUCUUUCCUGUGUGCUCGUCUCCUGGACCUGCGUAAUGAAACCAGAGCAGCUCGCGUCAUCCAGGGUGCCUGGAGGAAGUACAGAUUAAAGAAAGACCUGCAGGUCUACAAGGAGAGAAAUGCGGCUGCUCUGAAAAUCCAGGUCGUUGUGAGGCAUUUUCUACAGCAACGUCGGGCCAAGAGGCGAUGUGCAGCUUCCAUCAUCAUCCAAUCAGUCUGGAGAGGCUAUGCUACUCGCAAAACACUGAGGACAAAAAAAGAAACAGAACUCCGGAUUAUACAGCAUCAAGCAGCAACUGUCAUUCAGGCACAGUGGAGAAUGUUUUCCACUAUGAGGCAUUACCAGCAGCUCCGAUACCACACCAUAGUGGUCCAAGCACAGUGGAGAAUGAAGAAAGCAGUGCUGGCUUUUGGAAGAAUCUACUGGGCGACAAUUGUCAUACAGAGAUAUUUAAGAGCUUCGAUCCUUGCAAGAAAAACAAGGGAGGAUUAUCUCUUGUUCAUAUCUGCAGUGGUAAAAAUACAAAGAGCCUACAGACGAUGGAAAACCGUAAAAACUAGAAGGGAAAACCAUGCAGCCAGAGUCAUACAAACCGCCUUCAAGAAAUGGUACACAGAGAAAAUGGCCAAAAGAGCGUCUGCUGCUGUGACGAUUCAGUCUUGGUAUAGAAUGAAGAGGUGUUUGUUUCGGUACCGAAAGCUCCAAAGAAGCAUCUUGCUCAUUCAAGCCCACUACAGAGGUCACAUACAAAGGCAGAACUUUCAGAGGCACAAGCAUCAGCACAACUCGGCUAUUAUCAUCCAGAGUGCCUUCAGAGGGUACACAGUCAGGAAACAAGCAAUGGAAAGGAAAUAUGCCUCAAUCCUGAUCCAGAGGUGGUACAGAGCAUCUAUGCAAAGAAAUAGAGAAAGGGAAAUGUUUGUCAAGAUGUGUUGGGCCGCCAGAACUAUACAGGCAGCAUACAGAGAGAAACGGACUCAAGACUUGCUGAAGAAACAGCACAAGGCCGCAACUUUGAUCCAGGCUGCAUUCAGGAAAUUAGCUGCCCAAAGGAAGUACCAUGCCCUGAGAAAAGCAGCUCUUGUAUUACAGCAAAAGUAUCGAGCCACGGUGUUGUCUCGUAAGACAAAGGAGGACUAUGAUACCAUCAGGAAUGCUGUCAUCACCAUACAAGCAACCUGGAGAGGCCAAACUGACAGGAAGCGGAUCGAAAAAUACCACCGAUGUGCAACACUUAUCCGGGCUUAUUAUUGUCGGCAUAAAGCCCAAGUGGAGUACAAGUCUAAAAAGGUAGCAGCUGUUGUCAUCCAGCGCCGCUUUCGGAAUAAUAUGGCUGCGAAGGAAACAAGAAAAGCAUUCCUCCAGAAAAGAGCGGCCUGUGUUGCACUACAAGCUGGAUUUCGAGGCAUGAAAGUGAGGACGGCGCUGAAGGAAAAGCACAAGGCUGCAACUGUCAUUCAGUCUGCAGUUAGGAUGUUUUUAGCUCGGAAACAAUACAUUCUCCUUCAAAGUGCAGCCAUUAUAAUCCAGAGCCGUUAUAGAGCGCUACUUGAGGGCAGGGAACAGCGUCAAGUGUACAGGAAGCAAAAGAAAGCUGCUGUAAAAAUCCAAGCAGUUUAUAGAGCAUGGAGAGCCAGGGAUGAAAUUAAGAAGAGGCACAAUGCCGCCACGGUAAUCCAGGCUAAAUUCAGAAUGUACAAAGCACGAAUGGCCUACCUUGCAAUUAGAUUUGCCGCAGUCAUAAUUCAAGAACGUUUCAGGGCCAAAAUCCUCAUGAAUCGAGUGCAAAAAAAGUACAGAGUAAUGAAAUCUGCUGCCGUUGUCAUCCAGGCAGUUUAUCGCGGACACCGGACCAGGAUGGAGAUUAUGGAAAUGCACUGCGCUGCCAUCGUCAUUCAGAGGAAGUUUCUCACCUUCCACGAAAGGAAUAUAUUUGUCUCCAUUAGAAGAGCAGCUCUGGUGUUCCAGCAGCGGUACAGGGCUGUGACCCUGAUGAGAGAAGUCCAAAGUGAUUAUCUGUCAAAGCGUAGAGCAGCUGUUUGUCUGCAGGCAACCUUCAGAGGAUACAAGGUCCGGAAGCAAUUGCUCAUCAAACAUAAAGCUGCUGUUACGAUUCAGUCAAACUUCAGGAAAUAUCAACAAAAACGCUUCUACCGGAGGCUUCAAUGGGCUGCCGGUGUUGUGCAAGAACGUUACAGAGCAAACAAGAAAAUGAGACAUGAGAGGUUGACUCUUCAUACCAGGAGACAUGCUGCCAUUGUCUUACAAGCUGCCUUCCGGGGAAUGAAAUCCCGACGGAUCGUUAAAAGAAAGCACCAGGCUGCCAUCACCAUCCAGAGAGCUUUCAGAACCCACAGUGACCACAAGAAGUAUCUUGCCUUAAAGUCUUCGGUGCUCGCCGUACAGCGCAGACGUCGGGCCACGCUAGCAGCUAAAAAACAAAUGCAACAUUACCACAACAUGCAAAAGGCUGCAGUUGUCAUUCAGGCGUCAUACAAAAGAUGGAGGGUCAGGAAGGAUGUUGCUCAUUGGCAUCAGGCAGCCACUGUGAUCCAGUCUGUUUUCAAACGGCACAGAGAGGAAGUUAAAUUCCAGGCCAUGCGUCUGUCGGCAAUCUUCAUCCAGAGGUACUACCGAUCGUAUGUCCUUCAGAAACAAGACAGGGCAUACUUCGUCAAAAUCAGAUCUUCCGCAAUUGUCCUGCAAGCAGCAUUCAGAGGUCAUUCAGCGAGAAGAGGAAUUUCCAAGAUGCACAGAGCUGCUACUGUCCUUCAAGCAAACUUCAAGAGGCAUAAGCAACAAACGACUUUCAGGAAGCAACGCUGGGCUGCCUGUGUCCUCCAGCAGAGAUUUAGAGCUCUUAGACAGAGAAACAUUGAGGUAAAACAUUAUCACGAAGUCAAGAAAGCUGUGAUGAUACUUCAAGCGGCCUUCCGAGGAACAAAAUCAAGACAAUCCAUCAGACAAAUGCAUCAGGCUGCCACCACCAUCCAGGUUGCUUUCAGAGCCCAUCGUGAACACAAGAUGUAUCUUUCCUUAAAAACGUCGGCACUCACCAUACAACGGCGAUAUCGGGCCACUGUGGCAGCCAAAAAACAAACGCAACAUUACCACAACAUGCAAAAGGCUGCAGUUGUCAUUCAGGCGUCAUACAAAAGAUGGAGGGUCAGGAAGGAUGUUGCUCAUUGGCAUCAGGCAGCCACUGUGAUCCAGUCUGUUUUCAAGCAGCACAGGGAGGAAGUUAAAUUCCAAGCCAUGCGUCUGUCAGCAAUCUUCAUCCAAAGAUCCUACCGAGCGUAUAUCCUUCAGAAACAAGAAAGGGCUCGCUUUCUCAAAGUCAGAGCUUCCGCCAUUGUCCUGCAAGCAGCAUUCAGAGGUCAUUCCACAAGAAAAAGAAUUUCCAAAAUGCACAGAGCCGCGACUGUCCUUCAAGCAAACUUCAAGAGGCAUAAGCAGCAAACGACUUUCAGGAAGCAACGCUGGGCCGCCUGUGUCUUCCAGCAGAGAUUUAGAGCUCUUAGUCAGAGAAACAUUGAGGUAAAGAAAUACGAUGAAGUCAGGAAAGCUGUCAUUCAUCUACAAGCUGCCUUCCGGGGAAUGAAAUCAAGACAGUCCGUCAUACAAAUGCAUCAGGCUGCCACCACCAUCCAGAGAGCGUUCAGAGCCCAUCGUGAACACAAGACUUAUCUUUCCUUAAAAAUGUCCGUGCUCGCUAUACAGCGGCGAUAUCGUGCCACUGUAGCUGCCAAAGCACAAAUGCAACAUUACCAAAACACGCAAAAGGCUGUUUUAAUUAUUCAGGCAGCCUGCCGAGGGAUGCAAGUCAGGAAGUGUGUUGCUCGUUGGCAUCAGGCAGCCACUCUGAUCCAGUCUGUUUUCAGACGACACAAGGAAGAAGUCAAAUUCCAGGCCAUGCGUGUCUCCGCUAUCAUCAUUCAGAGAUACUACCGAGCUUAUGUCCUUCAAAAACAAGACCGCAGAUACUACUACAAAAUCAGAUCCUCAGCCAUUGUUCUUCAGGCUGCAUUCAGAGGUAAUUCAGUGAGAAGAGGAAUUUCCAAGAUGCACAGAGCUGCUACUGUCCUUCAAGCAAACUUCAAGAGGCAUAAGCAGGAAACGACUUUCAGGAAGACACGCUGGGCUGCCUGUGUCCUCCAGCAGAGAUUUAGAGCUCUUAGACAGAGAAACAUUGACGUUAAACAUUAUCACGAAGUCAAGAAAGCUGUGAUGAUACUUCAAGCGGCCUUCCGAGGAACAAAAUCAAGACAAUCCAUCAGACAAAUGCAUGAGGCUGCCACCACCAUCCAGGUUGCUUUCAGAGCCCAUCGCGAGUUGGUUAAAUAUCUGAAAAUAAAAUCCUCAGUACUAACAAUCCAGCGACGGUUUCGAGCGACUGUAGCAGCCAAAGCUCAAAGGAAUCGAUUCUUAGACACACGGCGUGCAGCCAUUGUCAUUCAGGCAGCAUACAGGGGCCAGCAAGAUCGGAAGUGCCUUGCUCAUUUACACCGGGCUGCAAGUGUAAUCCAGUCAGCAUAUAGGAAGCAUGUUGAGGUUGUCAGAUUCCAAGCAAUGCGUGCAUCUGCUGUGGUCAUCCAGAGAUGUUACCGGGCCUUUAUUCUUCAAAGAAAAGAAAGAAACCAGUUCCUGAAAAUCCUACAAUCCACCAUUACUAUCCAGGCUGCUUAUAAAGGCUACCGUGUCAGGAAGCACAGAAGUCGACAAAAUCAAGCUGCCAGGUUGAUCCAGUCGCACUGGAGGUGCUUCACCCAAAGGCGCAUCUUCCUGAAGAAAAGAGAGGCUGCUUUGAAGUUGCAACAGAAGCUCCGAGCAGUGCAGGCUGGGAAGGUGGACAGGAACAAGUUCAUCCGUAUAAGGCAGGCCGCAAUCACACUUCAGACCCAAUGUAGAGCCUGGAUUGCACAGAAGCGGAAACGUGAAGUCGCCAAGGCACAGAGGAGACUUCGUUUCGCCGGGGCGGUCUACCACCACCUCAGUGCCAUCAAAAUCCAAAGAGCUUUAAGAGCACACCGCGCCCUGGAGUCUGCUAAGAGACAGAUCCAUUCUGUCCUCGCCAUCCAACGUUUGGUACGAGCGAGACAGCAAAGGAAACGCUACCUAGAGGAUCGAAGCAAAGUGGUCACUGCUCAGAGAGCAGUCAGACGUUGGUUAGCACGUCGCCACAAGGCUGCGUCUGUCAUCCAGGAUGCUACCCGCAGGUUCCUUCUCCUCAGGCGCCAAAAGAGAAUCGAACACGGCAUUGUCAAAGCUCAGGCUCUGUGGAGAGGACACUGCUCCCGCCGACUGAAUGACAAUGCCAAAGUAAUAAAAUUGCGACAUAAAUUGCGUAAAGUCUCAGCUGGUGCCCGAGAGGAGGAUAAAUUGUUCAACAAAACAUCCUCUGCCCUGGAUUGUAUCCUUCAAUACAAACGCUUCUCCUACAUCCUUGAGGCACUAAAAAACCUAGAGGCCACGACCAGGCUGUCUCCUGUGUGCUGUGAGCAGCUGGUGGACAGUGGAGCCACCGGUGUCAUCUUCACGCUCAUCCGCUCCUGCAACAGGAGUGUGUCCUGCAUGGAUGUCAUCACAUACUCCGUUCAGAUCCUCCUCAACCUCUCCAAGUAUCACAAAACCAUUGAGGCGGUGUAUUUGGUGGAAAACUCAGUGGAGACACUGGUGGACCUGCUGCAGCGGUACAGAGAGAAGGCAGGAGAUAAAGUGGCAGGCAAAGGUGGCAGCAUCUUCACCAAGGCCUGCUUCCUAUUGGCUCUGCUCCUGCAAGACAAACACCAUGCUGAGGACGUUAUGAGGCUUCCGAAGAUCUUGGAUAGGUUAACAAGCAUUUAUCGCCUCACCGUUCGGAAGAAUAAGAUGGAUACAGACAGAAGUGUCAUGAAACAGAAGAUUAACGGAAGCUUCUACAUCCAACAAACGCCACGUAAAUCUCGCCCUGUGCCAAAGUUUGCGCCAGACUGGGUUCUCAGGAAGGAUAAACUUAAAGACAUUGUGGAUCCCCUUAUGGCCAUUCAGAUGGUGGCUAACAUGUUGUCCAUUGUGUUGUAAAUAGCUUUUAAAUCUUUUAAACGUCUACAAGCAUCUCAUGUUUGCGUGCUGAACAAAAUUAUGUACAACUUCAGUUUUUUUUUUUUCCAAUUACUGUUAGUGUAUAUAUUAAAUAGACUUUUAUCACAAACAUGGAUUUGCUUUUCUUUUUUUCAAAGGGGUUUUUAAAGGCUAUCAAUCCGUGCAUUUCUAUAAUUAGAGUGUGAAUGCACUUAUUCACUCAAAAUACGAAUAGGUACGGUAAAAUGCAGUGUGCCGCCAGUACCUGGAAGUACUCGUUUUACAUGUACUGCUCCAAAGGAGGCUGGCAAUUCAUCUGCAUUUCUUCUGAAAUGUUUACACCUUGGUAUUUUUUUCUUAAAAUAAAAGUGGCGCUUGGACAAAUGUAAUUAAGGAUCUUUGGUAUAGACUCGUGUGCUAGCACUUGGAGUGUUUCAUGUGUUUAUUCCUCUUUUAUGUCCGGAUUUUGGAUAGUACAAACUAGUGGUCGGUGUGGCUAUUGUC